CUCCUCCACUGAGUCUCCUCUCCCGAGUUAUCAUUUCUAGAAUUAUAGAUGGUGUUGUCAGCAGUAGUUUGUCCUUGCUGUCUGUCUCCUCAUAAAAUCUCAAUUCUCAUGUAGUUUUGUACGAGUUGAGUUGAAAAGAAAUUUGUUGGUGGGAAGUGUUACUCACUGAUAAGGUGAUAGUGAUGAUACCCCAUCAUUGAUCAAGGUCUCAGCCUUUGGUUUUGGGUUUCAGCCUCAGCCGCAUGGUAUCUAAAGGUUCCAGCUUUUCAGAUUCAGAGCACUAGAAUAAGGUAUAAAGCUUCACAAUCAAGGUACUUUGUAAUUGGUAUUCAACUUUUGUUUCUUGUCAUCUGUUGGAUUUGGAUUUAGAUUCCUUUCUGGGUUCUGUUGUUUUCAUUAUUCAACGGGUUUUGAUAUUCCAAAUGGCGAGUUUCAGUUUGCUUAAGUAGUUUUUGGAUCAAAGAACUGGAAUUCCAAUAAUUAAGUAGAGAUUGGAAAGCAUAUUUCUUGUGAUGCUAUAUAUCUGCAGAAUUGUGAUUAUUAGUUUACUGUGAGGAAAUAAAUUUGGUUGAAAUUGUUUAUCUGGUUAUGAUCAUGGAAAAGUAGAAUUUGAGAUUGGAGAAUCAGGAUUCUGAGGACUAGGAAGUUGGAUUUUGUUUGAGAUCAACCGGUUUCUGCGAAAUUGGUCAUGGAGAGGCAGAGCAGUUUUCAGGCUCCAAGGAUGGAAAAACUACCAAGUUUCAGUGGGGCAAUCGAGCAACAGUCAAGUUCUCGAGGAGCGAUGGAAAAACAGAAGAGUUUUCGCGGAUUUAUGGAGAAGCAGAAGAGUUUUCGGAUAGUUAUGGAGAAGCAGCUGAGCUUUAUUGGCGGUGAACGGAGGAGGAGCAAAGAGUCACCGGGUAAAAGAGGUGACUCCCAACUCCAUUUGGCGGCUCGAGCAGGGAAUUUAGUUAGAGUCAGAGAAAUUCUUCAGAAUUGUAACAGCACUGAGUCAAUUGGUUUAUUGUCGAAGAUGAACCAGGAGGGAGAGACCCCCCUCUAUGCCUCAGCGGAGAAUGGGCAUGCUGAGGUUGUUGGGGAAAUGUUGAAGCACAUGGACCUUCAAACUGCAUCCAUCGCUGCCAGAAAUGGCUACGACCCAUUCCACAUUGCUGUAAGACAUGGCCAUCUUGAGGUGUUGAAAGAACUUCUGCACGUGUUCCCAAACUUGGCAAUGACCACAGAUCUAUCGAAUUCAACCGCCUUACACACGGCUGCUACUCAGGGGCAUAUUAAUAUUGUAAAUCUCCUUUUGGAAACUGACUCAAAUCUUGCCAAGAUAGCCCGCAAUAAUGGGAAGACUGUGCUUCAUUCAGCAGCAAGGUUGGGGCACUUGGAAGUAGUCAAGUCCUUUCUACGCAAGGAUCCAAGUGCUGCUUUUAGAACUGAUCUUAAAGGCCAAACUGCGCUACACAUGGCCGUGAAGGGGCACAAUGAGGAGAUUGUGCUGGAGUUGCUGAAACCCGACCCCUCAGUUUUGACUGUGGAAGAUAACAAGGGAAACAAUGCAUUGCAUAUUGCCACAAGGAAGGGCCGUAUUGAGAAUGUAUGCCGUCUGUUGUCCAUAAAUAAAGAGGCUAGUAACAUUAAUGCAAGCAACAAGGCUGGAGAGACCCCCCUUGACAUUGCAGAAAAAUAUGGGAGUCCAGAACUUGUGGCCGUGUUAAAGGAAGCAGGGGCCACCAAUUCUAAAGACCAAGGAAAACCUGCAAAUCCAGCAAAGCAGCUGAAGCAGACCGUGAGUGACAUAAAGCACGAUGUCCAAUCCCAACUUCAACAGACCCGCCAAACUGGUGCCAGAGUCCAGAAAAUUGCAAAAAAGUUGAAAAAGCUCCACAUUAGCGGCCUCAACAAUGCUAUAAACAAUGCCACUAUUGUUGCCGUGCUGAUUGCCACCGUUGCUUUUGCGGCCAUAUUCACAGUUCCUGGCCAAUAUGUUGAGGAAGAAACGCCAGGGCUUACGCUUGGACAAGCGCACAUAGCAAAUAAUGCCGCUUUCAUCAUCUUCUUUGUAUUUGACAGCCUGGCGCUCUUCAUCUCCCUGGCUGUUGUGGUAGUCCAGACAUCUGUGGUUGUGAUUGAGCAGAAGGCAAAAAGGCAGCUUGUGUUUGUGAUCAACAAGCUCAUGUGGCUAGCUUGCCUCUUCAUUUCGAUUGCUUUUAUUUCUCUGACGUAUGUGGUGGUGGGCUCACACUCGAGGUGGCUCGCAGUGUAUGCAACAGUUAUAGGCAGCACAAUCAUGCUUACCACCAUUGGCUCCAUGUGCUAUUGUGUCAUUUUACAUAGGAUGGAGGAGAGCAAAAUGAGGAACAUCCGGAGAGCUGAGAGUAAGUCUCGUUCGUUGUCUAUGUCUAUGGCAUCAGAACACGAGAUUUUGAACAGCGAAUAUAAGAGGAUGUAUGCGCUUUAAGUUUCAUUUGGGAGAAAUGAAACACAACGGAUCGGGUGACCUAUGGCUUCACUAAUCCGAUUCAGAUAUUACGUAUCUGAACUGAUGUGAAGCAUCUAUCUCUUAACCUAGAAAUAUGGAGUAUAUAUGAAGAAAUUAAGAGCAUCGGGGUUGAGCAAGUAAAUGGACGACACAUAUAUCUGCUUCAUUCCUCAUUUGUGAUCUCUCGAUGGUUCUUCUGUGUGUGGUAUGUGUUUACCGUCUAUGCUAUGAGUUCAGACAUCCAUGGUUUGUUUGAUCCUUAAGGGCUGUGAGCCUGUGAGGCUGUUGCAGAUACUGAACUGAAUGAAUGUUCCAUGCCAAGUUGCCAACUGCUGCUGCCCAAGUAUUACAAGAUUAUAGAUUAUCGUGUGUUAUCUGCAAAGUAUUGUAAUAACAGUUGAUGUUUAUAAUUAAUAAUAUUGAUUACCCUUUUCACA